AUGUUAGCUUUAACCUUUGCUGUCGAAACGGUUAGUCAAAUCCGAGACUAUCUGCUCCCAAACGCCACAGAUUCACGUGACAAAGCCGUUUUCAUGGCUUGUGAGCAGAUCGCCUACAAGGCCGUGGUUUCUCGGCUUGAGAGUGCAGAUCAAUCCAUGUCGAGAGGUGAUUACGUGACGUUGGAGGCACAGCAGAAUCAAGCACUUGGUUAUGUUAAAGUGAGUAUUAGGAGGACUAACUUCUUUCGCCGGACACCAUAUUGAUGAUCAAUAUUGCCUCCA